AUGGCGGCGACGUGGGGUUGCCGUAGCAUUCUUAUGUUUGCGCUGCUACUUUCCAUGAUGGUUUCAUCGACCACUGCUUUCGGUCUUCGCAAGAGGGAUGAUUCCCCUCAGAAUGUGACUUACGAUGGCAGGUCCCUCUUCAUCAACGGCAGACGGGAGCUCCUCUUCUCUGGUUCCAUCCACUACCCUCGUAGCACUCCUGACAUGUGGCCUGAUCUUCUUGACAAGGCAAGACAUGGAGGCCUGAACACCAUCCAGACUUACGUCUUCUGGAAUCUCCAUGAGCCAGAGAAAGGCAAGUUCAACUUUGAAGGGAACGCCGAUCUUAUUAAGUUCAUUAAGCUCAUUCAAGAGAGAGGGAUGUAUUUGAUCCUAAGGCUGGGCCCUUUCAUCCAAGCGGAAUGGAAUCAUGGUGGGCUUCCAUAUUGGCUAAGAGAUGUCCCUGGCAUCUAUUUCCGCUCUAACAAUGAACCCUUCAAGUUGCACAUGAAGGAAUACGUGAUGAGGAUAGUACAAAUGAUGAAGGACAAUAAGUUUUUUGCUUCCCAGGGAGGACCCAUCAUCUUGGCGCAGAUCGAGAAUGAGUACAACCAAAUACAACUUGCUUACGACGAACGCGGCAUAGAGUACGUGAACUGGGCGGCCCAGAUGGCAGUGGAAACUAACAUCGGAGUGCCGUGGAUCAUGUGCAAGCAGAAGGAAGCCCCUGAUCCAGUUAUCAAUUCCUGCAAUGGAAGGCACUGUGGUGAUACCUUCCUUGGACCCAACAAGCCAUACAAACCCCGGGUCUGGACAGAGAACUGGACUGUCCAAUACAGAGUGUAUGGAGACCCUGUAUCCAGGAGAUCAGCAGAAGAUAUUGGCUUGUCCAUGGCCCGCUUCUUCUCCAAGGACGGCAGUGUCGCCAACUACUACAUGUAUCAUGGUGGAACCAACUUUGGAAGAAAUGCCGCUGCCUUUAAAGUAACCGGUUAUUACGAUGCAGCGCCUCUCGAUGAAUACGGCAUGACAAAGGAACCAAAAUGGGGUCAUCUUAGAGAUGUCCACAGGGCUAUCAACCUCUGUAAGAAGGCUCUAAUUUAUGGUACAUCCACUACCCAAAAGUUAAAUGAAUUCCAUGAGAUUCGAGUCUAUGAGAAACCCGGAACUCCCAUCUGUGCUGCUUUCCUCUUUAAUAACCACAGCACGGAAGCUGUCACUAUUAACUUCAGAGGCAAGAAUUUCUAUGUUCCUGGACACUCCAUCAGCAUUAUCCCAGAUUGCAAGAAUGAGGUCCUCAACACUGACAAUAUCAUUGCACAACACAAUUAUAGGACCUUCACGAGAUCCCAACUCGCAAACAAUCACGAGUGGGAGGUGUUCAGUGAGCCAAUUCCAACUACCGCUGAAGUAGUGCCAGGUAACAUGACAGCUCCUCCUGAGCUUUUCACCUUCCUUAAGGACACCACAGACUAUGCAUGGUACACCGUUAGCUUUGACUUCGACCCAGAAGACUUGCUCAAGAAUGGAACACUCCCAAACCUUCAUAUCUUUAGUUUUGGACAUGGAUUGCUUGCAUUCGUGAAUGGAGAAUACGUUGGAUCUGGACACGGCACGAGCGAGAGAGCACAGUUUAAAAUGCUAAUAAAGGGUAUAAAUUUGAAGGCUGGGAAGAAUGAGAUAUCCAUCAUGGCUUACGUAACUGGAUUACACGAUAGCGGAGCAUACAUGGAACACAGGUUUGCAGGACCGGCUGAAGUAAGGAUCGACGGGCUGGAGACGAAAAUGGGACAUAUUGAACUGGCAAAAAGAAGAUUCAAAUGGGGUGCCAGGGCUGGUCUGGAAGGGGAGAAGAAGGAGAUAUACACGGAGAAAGGGUCAAAGAAGGUGUCAUGGGAGAAAGUGGGAGAGAAGGGAAGAGUAGGGCCUGCUUUAUCAUGGUACAAGACAAGAUUCACAACCCCAGAGGGAAGGGAACCAGUGGCGAUACGGAUGACCGGCAUGAAGAAGGGAAUGAUGUGGGUGAACGGCAAUGGCCUUGGGCGUCACUGGGUGGACUACAAGGUACGUGGCACUGACGAGCCUAGCCAGGAUGUAUUCCACAUCCCAAGAUCCUUCCUCAACCCAAGGGACAACCUCCUUGUUAUCUUUGAGGAAGAGCCAUCCAACCCCGAGAAUAUCCAGAUCGAGCUCGUCUCCAGAGACACCGUCUGCAGCUACGUCCAUGACUUCUUUGCGCCUGCUGUCCAGUCAUGGAACGACAAGCCCGGGGAUCAGGAAGGAGAAUUGCAGACCUCCGAGCCUCUCUCGAAGCCCCACGCUUCUGUCAAGUGCCCCAACAAGAAGAAGAUCAUCUCUGUUGACUUUGCAAGCUUCGGCAACCCAUCCGGCGACUGUGGUUCCUUCCAGCUAGGCAACUGCACCUUUGAUGCCGCCCUCACCAGGGACGUUGUCGAGAAGGCCUGCUUAGGAAAAGAGUCCUGCAAGCUUCCCGUCGACCCCGAACUCUUCGGCGCCGCCCCACGUGCUUGCUCUGCUCUUCCCUUUAAGACUAUUGCAAUCCAAGUCAAAUGCUCCUAUUAG